AUGUCAUCGCCUUUAAAAAGACUAUGCCACUGGGGUCCAAUUGCAGUAUUGGGAAUCAUAAAGCUUAUAACAUGGGCAAUGAUACAUUUAAUGAGUAUGUGGUGGCCACCACAUGUAUCACUAGCUGCUGCACUACAUUCAAUCUUAUUUAUUACUUUAGCGGCUCUUACACUGUAUUACUUUCUACAGUCACUUCUUGAAGGUCCAGGCUUUGUGCCAAAGGGGUGGAAACCAGAAAAAGAAGAAGAUGUAGAAUAUUUACAAUAUUGUACAGUGUGUGAAGGAUUUAAGGCUCCAAGAUCCCAUCAUUGUAAAAAAUGUGGAAGAUGUGUUAAGAAAAUGGAUCAUCACUGCCCUUGGAUCAACUGCUGUGUUGGUCAUGCUAAUCACGGCUAUUUCUCUACAUUCCUUAUGUUUGCUGUAUUAGGAUGUUUUCAUGCAUCUAUUGUGCUAGUAACAUGUUUGCAUCAUGCAAUCAACCGUGUGUGGUACCUAUACAAUGGGACUGGCCAAGAGCCGAUGAUCUACCUCACGCUCACCACACUACUUCUGACGUUGCUGGCUACUGGCAUGGCAGUGGGGGUAGUUCUUGCAGUUGGAGCCUUGCUUUACUUUCAGAUUCGUGGUAUCCUUAGCAAUCGGACUACUAUAGAAGAAUGGAUAGUAGAAAAGGCUGUCGGCAGACGGGAGGAGCAGGGUCUCCAUCCCUUCGUGUAUCCAUAUGACUUAGGAUGGAAGGCUAAUUGGUACCAGGUCUGGGCUGGAAGUCUCUACGAUGGACUCAACUGGCCCGUACUGGACGGUUGCGGGCAAUACGAUCUCACUAUGGAACAAAAAGCCCAGAAGAUAGAGAAGCAGCAGCGAUCUCGUUUAUUUUCGGCAGUUUCGGAGUACUCCGGCCGCUGGAUUCCUAUUUUGUCUUGGCCUCGUGCGGCUCUGUCCGCCCCUUGCACUGAUGAGCCGCGGCUGGCCCUUGGCGUCGGUGACGUCAUAAGGGCCACUCGCCAAAGAAGACAGUGGCUGUUCGGUGAAAAGCAAGUGCAGAUGGGAGAGGCCCGAGCUCCUCGCGGCUGGUUUCCGCGGGAGGCUGUCGUGCCCGCUGAUGAGGUGAAGGUCAAACCUGAUUAG